AUGGCGGACGAGCCAUUGUAUUCUUCACAGAGCAGCAGCUACGAGCAGCACAAAAUACUGGACGACCAGGAGAAUCUAGCAUCCUCACCAAUCGUGCACAACCACAAGCCGAAGAAGCCACCAACAGUCACGCCCAAGAGAUUUACGAAGUUCUUCACGCCACGAAGCUCUCUGUCUUCUCGCCGAGGGAGGCAAUCCAAAGCCGGCCGGCAGCUUCGCGACAUCACCAAGAAUGGAGCCAAUCGUAACCGCCACCCGGCCGCACUUCGACGUCUUGAGGACGAGGAGCUUGGGGUGGAUGCCCUCUCCGAACGGCCAUCCAAGCGCCGAAAGCACUCCUUCAAUGUCGGAAGUUCCCCACCGCAGUCUUCACCCUUGAAGCGUGUCCAUGUCACAGACAAUGUUCAUGUCCUUGAGGAUGUACCAAGUUCUCCAGCCAUCUCCGAUGAGGAUGACUUUGCCCAUCUCCUGGAGGACCUGAAGCCUUUCCCCAAACCAGUGAAGCAACUACGUCAGACGAACAGCAGUGCAGGUAUCCUUCAACGCAGCUUCGGUGGCUUCGAUGCGCUCUCUCGAGGAAGAAGGAAGGCCGACCAUUGCGUGGAGUGGCGAGCAGAAACUGAAAACUUCGCUUCAACGCCCAACGACAUACAUUACUUUACUGGAACUGCAAUACCUUUCUGCACUGCGAGCUGCAGGACCAACUCUCUUAUCGCAAUUGGAGAGGAAGAAGGACGAGUACGACUGGUUGAUUCUUCGCCAAUGUCGAACUUCAGCGUGCCACAUGUGGAGUUCCGCCCUCACCACAAUGCUAUCAUGGACAUCAACUUCAGCUCUGACGACUACAUGCUGGCGACUGCUAGUGGAGAUCAGACAGCACGCAUUAUCGACAUGCAUACUCAAAAGACGAUGUCCAUCCUGUCGGGACAUACGAGCAGUGUGAAGCAGGUACGCUUCCAACCCAAGGACGACAACAUCAUCACGACGAGCAGCAGAGACGGGACUGUCCAGGUGUGGGACUUACGGUGCGGUGGGAGAGGGUCUAUCGCGACACUGCGGUCUGCCUUUGCACGCAAUGUUGACGACGGCGGGGUCCAACCCACGGUGCAAUACUCAAAACACAGACUGAACGUGGCGCCUGCGUAUCGGCCGACCACGCCAGCUGCGACUGGCGACAGCGGCGUGUCCAUAACCUCCAUUCAACAUCUACCCAACGGGCGCGAGCACCUACUCGUUACUGCGAGCGAGUACAAUUCGUCGGUCAAGCUGUGGGACCUUCGAAACGCGAGCAGGAGAAGUCUCGCCACACCGGUCUCUACCACGCUUCUGCCUCCAAGUCAUCUACGAACCCGCAACUAUGGCGUCAACUCCAUGUCAUGGUCGACAGACGGUGCUCGGCUUUACACUGCGUGUAGAGACGGCGCAGUGUACGCUUACUCUACCAACCACCUGCUCCUCGGAUGCGCGCCUGAACUGGCGAAUUCAACUCACAACUCCCGUACUGCGAGGAGUACGAAGCCGGGCAUCGCUCCACUCCAUGCAUACAGACAUCCUUCACUGCGAAUGGGCAGUUUCUACAUCAAGUCCUCCAUCCGGCACGCGAAGGGCGACAAAGGCGAGAUGCUUGCGGUCGGAAGCUCGGACAACUGUGCGGUGCUGUUCCCGACUGACGAGGGACACCUGCCUGAGCGGGAACGUGCAGGUAUGGAUGAAGACGACGAGGAAGAUGGUCUACCAUCUGUCCCGAUGCUUGAUCCUAAGAAGAACGACAAAGCUGGUCACAUCUCGUCCUACGAACAGGGUACAGCUCUAACCAGAGGGCAUAGCAAGGAGGUGACGUCCUUGACAUGGACGCACGAUGGAGAGCUGGUUACUGUGAGCGAUGACUUUACUGCGCGGUGUUGGCGGGAGGAUGGCGCGAAGGCUAGGGAGCUGAGGCAGUGUGGGGAAGGUGGUGGGCAGAGAUGGCGCUGUGGCUGGGCGGAGGUCGGUGGUGGGUGGGAUGAGGACGAUGGGUGA